GAAUUAAAAGGUCAAAGAAAUGGUUUAAAUAAUGGUUUAAAAAACACGGCGAGACAAACUUCGCGAACGGAAAUCGCGAACGCAUUCCGUCGACGAACUUCGUCGGAGAUUUUCGCAACGGAAUGUUCUUAAAAACCAAGGCUUAAGAGGGGAAUGUAACGAAGUUAUUUAAUCUUUAUUAUUAUUAUUUAAUAAUUUAGAGAAUAUUAAAAAUUAGAGAAAGCCGCUCCGUCAUCAUUGGGUCUGGGAAGCUGUAAAUACAUAGUUAACUAUGAAUGAUUUUAUACGCUGUUGCUGUGCAAGAUACACUAAGCUGGACAGGCGCGCGCGCCUCACGCUGGUCUGAUGCCUGGAAGUGGAACGCGGAGAGUGGCGGGGGGAGUCCCCCCGGGGGACACGGAGCACUCUUGUGUUUUCGCCUUCGCACCGACAAGCCGAAUUAUAAAGCGACCUACCGAUUUGUAAGUACACGUAAAAGUAUUCUUUUGUAUUGAACUUAACUAUUUGCUCUGCUUUGCUGUGCCUUGCUAUAAUAUAGUCGUAUUAAUUAGUGUAGAUUUGCAGAUAAUAACCUGAUACUGUAGAUUUGUUUAAAACGUUACACGCGUUCGGUUACCGUCUACGAAUAGUAGCCAGGCGCGUAGCCGUUGCUUUGACCUUUUGACCAUUUACCCACCAUUGCUUUGAUUCACAAUUAUUUCGCUGCUACUAAUUGCUUGCAUUUUUUAUCACCUAUUGCCGUUUUCACCUCAUUCCCUUUAAAUCACCAUUUUGGCGGUUUACCUCCCCCUGCUCGCCCUCACGCUCGCUAAACACUAUUGGUUUGCUUUAAGUAAUAUUUGUUUUGUGUUUUAUAUAUAGUGAGUUUUCAUUUCAUGUUAAUAGAGUCGUUUUAUGUUGUUAAUAUACGUAUUAAAUUUACUCCUGAGUUUCAUUGUUAACUGAACCCUGGUUUUACUUUUUCCACUGCAUAAAAACUACUUAGGUGUGGCGCUUCACCACAAUAAAAAAGAAGCUGGCGCCCGAGAUUUUGUAUUAGACAAACCAAUAGGUAAGUGCGUCACAAGAAAAUAGCGUUACAACAUUAGACAGGAAAGUUUACACAAGCCUUUUUUAAGGCAAAGUUUGGGAAAACAUAGUGUCAAAACGUGGCACCGAUACAAUAAUACCUCUUAAUUUGUAUUAUGAUGAUUUCGAGAUAAGCGAUGCAUUGAGUCCAUCGGCAGGACUCAAUGCACAAAAUGGGAGGAUUAUAUUUUUCUCUUGCAGCUUUACCACCAAGAAAUGCAUCAUCUGAAAGAGAAGUUUUUUUAGCCCAAUUAUUCCAUGUUUCAGAUAAAAAAGUUUGGAAACAAAAAUUGUUUUAAAAAAAUUAUUGAAGAAUUUGAAUUUUUGUCGACUCGUUAACCAUAAAACAUAACAAAUUUUUUUAAUUUAAUAUUUUAGGAGAUAAUUUAGCAGUAAACGACCUUUUAGGUUUUGUACAAUGUUUUAAUAGUUUGUACUUUUGUAGAAUAUGUCGUGCUUCAAAAUUUAUUACUAGCGAACAAUGUGUGGAAAAUCCAGAGCCUUUCAGAAAUAUUACAAAUUACAAUGAAGACUAACAAAAUCAAACUUAUGCCAUCAAGGAAAAAUGCGUCAUAUCAUAGUUGUAAUGCAUGAUACAUAUUUAGGAGUUUGUAGAUAUGCCAUGUCUGUUAUAAUAAAACACCUAAUAAACUCUGAGUACUUUAUAUUAGCUCGAUUAAACAGUCGAUUAAAAUAUUUUGAUUAUGUUAAUAUUGAUCGCGGAAAUAAAAUAAAUUUUAUUAAUGAAAAACAUAUUCGGGAUGGGUGCUUGAUUACAACUGCAGGUGAAAUGUCACCUCUUAUAGCAUAUUUUGGAAUUAUAAUAGGCGAUUUGGUAACGGAAGACGAUCCUGUCUGGGAGUUAUACUUGAUUCUUCAUGACAUCAUUGAUUUAAUAAAAUUAAAUUUCUGAACACGAUUUACAGUAUCUUAGGCAACUCAUCAAAUCAUUUAAUAAAACAUAUUUAAAGCUGUUUGAAAAAUCCCUUAAAGCUAAAUUUCAUUUUUUAGUGCAUUAUCCGGAAAUAUUUCAAAGAAUGGGACCAGUAAAAUAUUUAUCCUGUUCAAAAUUUGAAGCUUUCCAUAAAAAUAUGCAAAAAUUAUUACAUCUAGACGAAAUAUUACCAACAGUUUAGCGAUUAACUUACAAUUAAAGUUGUGCUAUGGGUUUUUAAGUAAAGAGGAAUGGACUGAUAUAAGUCAGUAGCGGUCGUACGAUUGUUUUUUUUAUCAGAAAAUAUAGAUUUUGACAAGUUUCCAAACAUUCCAGGCACUGUUUUGGAAAUAGCGUCUGUAAAAUUAAACAACACGAUGUAUAAGCCCGGAAACAUUAUUUUUUUAAAUGGAACAUUAAGGGUAAUCCCUCUUUUAGCAUCAUAACCAACAUUGCAAUUUCAGACACAAAUCAAGUUUUUUUAAUUUACAAAGAUUUUGAAACUAUAGGAUUCGACAACCACAGGGAAGGUUAAAAAUUAAUUAUGCUGGACAAAACAGCCUAUCGGUUGUUCUCCUUUGAUUUCAAUGCAAAAUUUUGACGACCAAUAAAAGGUUCAUUUAACAGGGGACGGCUUUUAUUUGAUAGCAA